AUGGCCCCUUCCAGCAAAGCGGCCAAGGCUCGCAGACCUGCUGUCGUGUCCAGCAAGCCGGUGCCCAAGCCUGCGAUUCCUCUGCCCUAUGUCAAACGCCAGGCUGCGGCCGCAGCGGCAGCGGCAGCGGCAGCAGCUCCCGUGACUGCACUGCCCUCGCUCAACAACACCAAGCCAGAUGAUCGAAAGGGCACUCUUGGCGUGCAGGCAAACGACGCGGAUCAAUCCUCCUCGCCUACCUUGAUCGCAAACUCGGUUCAUGCCAGCGAGUCGCUGCCAGACAGCAGCAGCCAGGAGGGGAAAUCUGCCACCCAGACGGAUCUAAGCUCGCAGAGCGCUGAGGCUAUUGACACGUCCAAGGAAGUUCAUUCCGCUGCUGUCAACAAGCCCGGCGCCACUGCAGACCACGUUGCUGGUCAAGGUGGACCUUCGACCAACUACGCCGUGCAGCCACCAAAUCUAGGAGCCUCUGCUGCUCCAACUGUUCAAGAAAUCUCUUCUGGGCUGCAGGUCCAGCAUCACGAUCCAGCGAUGGCCCCAGCCCAGGGCGAGGCCAGACACAACCCAGCCCAGUACCCCCCGGUGAAGCUUGUUUCCUCUCAGCCUCCUCCGCCGGUGUCUCCAACUCGGUACCAGAUGCCGCCACCCUUCCAACCGGCCCACCCUUCAAUGGGCAUCGCAGCGAACGGAGAUUUGUCUCGUGGCCCCAGGCAUCCUUUGCCAAAUGGCCCCCUUCAUAUGCAUCAAGCUCACCCUAGCAAUGGCAGUAUUCACUUUGGAGUCUAUCACGAUUCCCAGAGCUCCUCACCGGCUCCACCUCACUCUGGAGGCAUUGUUCCACCUCCUGGUAUGCCCAUGCCCGACGGACGCCCACAUCCCAUGAUGCCUCACAAUGGAAGUGGAUUCCCGCCAAUGGUGCCAUAUAUGACCGACAUGAUGCCUGUUGCCAAUUUUGACGGCUAUGGCCGGCCGAUUGCGUAUGCGCCGAUGGAAUCGUACCACCAAUACGGCAAUGCGCUGGGCCAGUCAACACCGCUCAGCUUCCAUGACUCCCAGUCUUCGGCUCACGCUGAAGAAGCUGCCAUGUAUAACCAGUAUCGUACUGGGCCUCUACCCAACGGCGCUACUGCUGGGCCGGGCGACGAAGCUCAAGCUCAAAAUCAACCGGGGAGAGCGUUCAGGCCACCAGAUUAUUCCCAAAUGAUGCCCAACCACGGCCUACCUCCUCAUAUGGCACAGGGCGACGAUGCCGAUGGACUUUUGGGCUACUUGCAGCAGCAAUUUGCCUCACCUGAAUUUGCCGAUUGCACUUUGGAGCUUCGGUACACCGACGACAGGGCUGCGCCUGUGCGAAUUCCUGGUCAUAAGCUUAUAUUCGCCCGCAGCUCCCAUCUUUUCAAUCUUCUGCAGACUCAAGCUUUUCAAUCGUCUCCCAACGACAGAUCGCUGCAAACCAUUCUCAUUGAGACAGGCAGUAAAUGGAUCCGCUCGGAUUCUUUCUACAUGGCUGUUCAGCGUCUGUACGGACUACCACGAUUCCAAGCUCCCCCGCCUCCUCCUCAACGCGUGGGUAUGGAAUCGGGCGACGUGAUUGCAGCUGGAUCAAUCAAUGAGCAGAUUGGCUUUGCCAUCUCGUACGCUGCUGCCGGCCAGUUACUCACUUGGCCCUCGGUUGUUCGACGCGGCUGUGAGAUUGCCACCCAUCUCCUGAGCUGGGAGACCUUGGAAACAGUUUUGGAGUUUGCACUCGACGGAUAUCAAGACAAGGGCUCUCAUGACGUCUACAAGUACGAGAGUGGGUCUCCGAUUCUUCUCAGUGCCAUUGUCACGUUUAUCGUUCACAAUUUCCCCUCUCACUUCAAUUUUGAUACCGAAGCUGUGGAACUUGCACCUUACAGCAGGUUCCCAAUCAACCCACCGCCGCUGGCCAAGGCCUCUUCUGGCGAUAGAGAGAUGCUCUCAGCACCUACUGAGGGAUCCCACGUCCAACUUGGAAAGGGACGUCGCCCUCAAAAGAUCAAUGGUAUCCAGUUUGGUGAUUUGUCCUUUUCAGAAGGAAAGAACUUGGCGGACGCAAACACUCCCAGGGCGGCCCGAGCCGCGCAGCCAAUCUCGGUUUCGAUAUUGUCCAGAGUUCUAUUGGAAAUCCCAUUCCGCCAACUGAAGAGGAUCCUGGAAUCCUCUGGGUCCGGUAACGUGAACGGCUGGGCAAAUGCCGAGUCUCGCUAUCGCAUCAUUAAGAUUGCUGUUGAGGAGCGUGAAUCACGUCGCCGUCGAGUUCUGGAAGCCGUUGUGUCCGGAGAAGUUCCCGAUGCAGAUUCGAUCCGACAGGGCCUCUGUAGCCCCGAACCAAGGGAUCUUGGCUGGUGGACUGCCCUUGGAUGGCAGGAAGAGCUUCUACCAUAUGGCAAUCCGGAUGGACCUACCUUGGCUCGCAAGUGGGUUCCCCUGGUUGGUCUCCAGAAUGGCCCCAUUUCCAACAUUCCCGAGUAUCCAUGA